AUGAAGAAAACACAGAAAAGAAACACAAACAAAAUCUAUGGGGAAUUGACCCCAUAUGACCCAACAUUCAGUGGCCCUGUUCAUAAAAGGUCCUUUACAGAUGUCUUAUGUUGCUUGAUUUUUGUUGCCACUAUGGUCGGCUAUGUAAUCCUUGGUGGUGCAGCUUGGCUUUAUGGAAAUCCACAAUACAUCAUCAAGCAGCAAAACUCUGCUGGAGCAUUUUGUGGAAUUGGACCCGACGUCAAUAAACCCAAUCUGUUUUACUUCGACGUGCUGAAGUGUGCCUCAGCAGUCGACAUAUCUGCUGCAACAUUCAAAGGCCUUCAGUGCCCAACGACUCAGGUGUGCAUUAAGAAAUGUCCCUCAGCAUUUUGGUUUUUGCCGCCGAACGCAUUCGUUGAAGGGGCAAAACCGAGUGAUUUCUUCCAGCAGGAGUUCUGUGUCCCCACUUUGGACCUCACCCAGACCACAUUUACGGUACAAGACAUACUAGACAAAGAUCUGUGCCCGGCAUAUUAUACGCCAAGCACACCAGUUCGGAGAAAAUGUCUGCCCAGUUUCGAUCCAAAAGAUGUUCCACCGGACUUCACUGUCCACGGAUCAACUUUGAAUAACGAGACAAUAAAGGUCCUAAUGGACACUUCAAGCUCUCUCAGGACAGGCUUUGAUGCCAAAUCCAAGACGGUCAGGGUCAUCGAGGACCUCGCCAUUUCCUGUGGUCUGGGGAUUGCACUGGCAGUAAGUAUGGUGCUGCUCCUGCUGAUGCGAUGCUGUGUGUCUUGGGUGGUCAUACUUACAUGUGCUGGUCUUCUGUCACUGGGAGCAUACGGCAUUUACCAUUGUAACCAGCAGUAUAAGAAACACGUGAACUCACAGAUCAGACUUGGUGACCUCAGUCUUAAGUCCGAGCUGUCAGACUAUCUUAAAGUGAAGGAGAUCUGGCUGGCUUGCUUGGUGAUUGUAUGCCUGCUGGAGUUUAUUCUGGUGAUGGUGUUUAUAUCAUGUUUGAGAAAAGGUCUCUCAGCAGCACUGGCAAUGAUGAAGGAGGUCAGCAAGGCGAUGGGUGUACUAUCAUCUACAAUGGCAUACCCAUUGUUCACUUUUCUGCUGGUCAUGCUCUGUACGACCUUCUUCACAGUGACUAACGUAAAUCUGAUGACUUCUGGUCAGCCAGUAUAUAAAACAGUUGCGCUGAACAUCUCGAAUGCAGAAUGUACUGCAAUCACCGGCGUAGAAAAAUGUGUCCCAGAGACUUUUAAGGCAUCAGACUACCCAAACUGUCCUGUGCGAUGUGUAUUUGUUCAUUAUGAUGAGGAAGAAGGGUUUUUCCAAAGACAUGCUCAAAAUUUACAGAUUUAUAACUUGCUGGCGUGUCUUUGGUGCCUUUAUUUCAUCAUCACGCUGGGCCAAUGCAUAAUAGCAAGGACCUUCAGCAGCUACUAUUGGUCAUUGAGCAAACCGCACAACAUCCGCCGAUCUAGUCUGUAUAAGGCAUUCUGCCAGACGUUAAGGUACCAUACUGGCUCCAUGGCGUUUGGCGCUAUCUUCGUCAACAUGUUCCAGGGCGUCCGGAUCAUCCUGGAAUAUCUCAAAAACAAGACCGAAGGUGGACGAUGUUGUUGCUCUUGCUUCCCUAUAAAUAUUCUGCUCAAAGGUUGCAUUUAUGUCUUUGAUAAAGUCCUAAAGUAUUUUACCCGAAACACCUACAUAAUGAUCACAACUUACGGGGAUAAUUUCUUCAUUUCGGCAAAUAAUGUUUACAUGCUCUGCGGGAGGAACAAGGGCCGGGUGCUGAAGGUGGACUGGAUCACGGACUUGCUACUGUUCUUUGGCAGACUGCUGGUGGUCGGAGCGAUGGGUGUUUUGGCCUGCUACUUCUUCAAUGGAGAUAUGUCAGUGACAGCUGACGUCUUUCAGGCGAAGUUGCUGAACUUUUCCUGGCUGCCUGUUACUUUGGUGAUGGUGGGAACCUACUUCAUCGCUCAGGGAUGCUUCAGCGUGUACAGCAUGGGAGUUGACACGUUCAUCCUCUGCGUCAUAGAUGAUUUGGAGCGCAAUGAUGGGACUCUGCAGAGACCCUACAUGUCAAGGACCUUAAUGCAGCUCCUACAACAGCAGAAUGACUCCGUUCUUUGAAAACAAACAAAAAAUAUAUAUAUAUAUAGUAGCGACUUGCACUGUGAGGUGGGACGCAAGAACAAGGCAGGAAGCAGAUGGAAAAUUUACAGCUCUUAUUAAUUUUACGGGUGAACACAGCAGUGCAGAGUGUGGAGAAAAGCAGAAGGUGCAGUGGUGCCGUGAUCCCUGCUCGGGGAAGAGUGGGGGUAAAGAGUGAGGCAUCAACACAGGAGCGGGGCUUGGCUGGCAGAUAGA